UGUUUUGUUUUCUGCGGUUCUUAUCACCAUCUUCGGAGGCUCUCUCUGACAUUAUUAUUGUUUUUGAAUCCAUCUCGACCGCAGGCACGAUCACAAUCCAUCGUGAGUUCCAUUGCAGAAAGCAAAGCACUGCGACCCUCGCCGAUUCGAACAUGAGGGAAGCUCGCGCAUUAUUUCCAUCCUCCGGCCCAGGCAUACAUCCAUCGUAAUUCAAGCAAUGCCUAGAAAGAUAAACGUGGAAGCUAGACAGGCUGUGAAUGAGCUGCAGAAUCCAAGCAUUCUCGACCAGGUCAGCAGAAUCAUCGCGAAUGUCGACGAUGCGGACCGUGUGAUUGCAUCUCUAGAAGCUUGGCAAGCCUCUCUUAAUCCUAAAACAUACGAGAAGAUUGAACCCUGGAACCAAGAGAUGAUGGCAGCACAUGCGGUGUACCACGCACAGGAGACAGCGAUUCGCCCGGUACGGGAUAGAUUCGAACACAUGAAGCGAAGGAUCGCCAAGGAACAAACCACGGAAGAGCUUGUGGAGCUCACUCGUCUCGCCAUCGAGUGGGGUCAGGUGGUGUUGAGAGCAGCCGAUGGCCGCCUCCAAUUCUGGCGGAGGUACCAACGCGCGUACAACCUCGAAGGCAUCAAGGGCCACAUAAUCGUAGUGCAGAACCACUUAAGUGCGGCUGAGAAAGCCGUCGAAAGCGCCUGCAAAAGUUACCAAUCAAUAUACGUAAAGGAAGGUUUGAGACUUGGAGUCAUAGGCCCGAGCGUCUUCAGAUGAAUCUUCUCGAGGGCCUUGUAAUGGCUCGAGACCCGAAGAAAAUGCCAAGCGAGGAGAAUGCCGUGGGCUUGU